CAUUAAUCUAAUCAAACACACAAUCAACAUGUCCAAUCAGAGCAUUGUGGAAAGUGCAGAAAGCUGCUCCUUUUCAUCAAAAUCAAUUACUACUACGUUUUGUUUGUACUAGGGAAGAGAAAAAGAAAAACUAAAAGCUUUGACUAAAAAUCAAAUGCUUCUGAAAAUCUGAUAAAGAAAGAUGGAAUCUUUGAAGAAAUUGUCCCAAGCCCUAAGUCUUGCCGGAGGGAAGAAGGAUGAACUGCAUAGUGCUAUGGGCUUGCUAAUGCUUGAAUGGCAGGAUGCGGGGGGCCAUCUGAAACUUUCGCAGAAUCUUUACCGUGGUUGUUCCGAUGAGCUUGAUUCAAAAGAGAAACAUUUAAGGGUUGUUGAGGAAUCGGUGAACAAAAGGGUUGAGGAGUUUGGCUCAGAAAGAAGGUUGGUUGAGGCGGGCUUAAUGAAAUUGGAUCAGAAAGAAAUGUAUCUCAAAGGGGUUUUGCGAGAAAUUGAAUUGGGGAAAAUGCAAUUUGAGCAAAUGAGAGGAUCUUUGGAUGAACAGCUGAAGGAUCUGGUUCUGAGAGAACAGCCGAUUCUGGGUGCCCUGAAACUGAAACAGAGUCGAGUGUCGGAAAGGGAGCUAGAGCUUGAUUUGAUGGCAAAAGCUUUGAGUAGAAGAGAAGAUGAAUCUGAUUUGAAGGAGAAAAACCUGAAGUUGAGGGAAGAUAAGGUCAUUGCCACAGAGAGAUUGCUGGAAAGAAGGCAGAAAGAAAUCGAUUCUGAAGAGAAGAAGUUAGAGAGAAGGUCAAAUGAGGUUGUUUCUAACCAGAAAGGGUUGGCGGAAAGGAGUUUUCGGAUUGAUUCAAUGGAGAAGCAUUUGGAAGCAAGAGCAAAUGUACUGGGUUCAGAAGCCGAAAGAAUGAAUAGAAGGGAGAAUGAAAUCAACUCGAGAGAUCAAUUGCUAGCAAAACUUACAAAACAACUUGAAACCAGGGAAAAUGAGAUCAAACUGAGAGUCGAAAAGCUGGUGAAUAUCUUACAAGAACUUGAAGCUAAUGAGGGUACAUUGGGAAGUAGUAGUAAGUUUGAACUUCUUUCCAUUAAGAAUUUCUUCCAUCAAUGCCCUGGAGAAGCAGAAGUCAGGAGGGUAGGAAGGAAAAGAGAUUAUCCUGCUGAUCAAGACAAAAACCUGCAAGAAAAUAGCAACAAGCAUGGUAAAGGAAGCAGUUGCAUUCGCCACAGACGAAUGGGACAAAUUGAAGCUCCUGGUCUUCAAAAUUCAGGUACACAUUGUAUGUCACAAGCACACAUAACAGAAGAAGUUAAUAUACGUCGUGAUGAUUAUGAACCUGAAUCAGAUUCAAUGGCUAAAUUAAAUUUCGACCCUGUUAAGGAUCCAAGCUUUACUAGUGUCAAGAAUGGAAAACAAGAAAGAACCUUUAAUGUUGGAGAAAUUUGGGCGUGUUUUGACGCAAAAGAUUUUACACCAAGAUCACAUGCUGAAAUCACUGGCAUUGUUCACGAAGGUGGAGAAACUAGGCUUGAGGUCACAUGGUUGAAACCUUGUUCAAUGAAGAAACUGGAGCAGGAGUGGAUACGCGCUGGCUUGCCCGUUACUUGUGGAACCUUUGUACGUGGGCGAACAAGUGUUGAGUCUUCUGUCAUUUUCUCUCAUGUAGCUGUUUGUGCUGAAAAUUUUCCUGCCGAUAUAAUGCCUUGUGAAGGAGAAACUUGGGCGAUCUAUAAGGAUUGGAAUAUCAUUACAUGGACUUCUGAUGCAGAAAUUCUUAAAGGUUGCCACUAUGAUAUUGUGGAGAUUCUGCCAUGUGAUAGGAAUGAGCGUUGGGCUGUCAGAGUUGUUUACUUGGAAAGAAUCGCAGGAUCUGCGAGAUCAUUUAAGCGGAGAAGCAACAAGGGGAGGAACAAGAACAUUGAUGGUUCAUUUCACAUAUUGCCUGAUAGUUUCUACAGGUUCUCACAUAAAGUGCCCUCUAUCAAGAGUGAUGGAAAUGGUGUUUCGAACAGCAUUUUUGAACUUGACGUGAAAUGCUUACCUCGUCGACUCCAAUAAGGUUUGCUAAUUGCUACAUAUAACAAAUUUAAUGGAGUGAAGUUCCAUCUCUUUUGUUUAAUCUAAUUUAGGCUAAUGGUGAAGCUAAACUCAGCCGCUGUAGUGCGCGCUUAGUACAUAUAGUUAGUUGGCUACAUAUGUGAAUUUAGUUCUCAUUUCAAUUGGGUCAGUUUUCAGAACAAUUGGUAAGUUUUGUGUUUUGCAUUUCCAUUUCUUCUUUCAUGUUUCCAUGAUGUUGAAAUUGGAAAGUUCUCCAAGCUGAUUUCAAAGCGUGUUUGAAGAAGACUCUCUAUUUCC